AUGUCCAAGCCUUCGGAUCACAUCAAGCGCCCCAUGAACGCCUUCAUGGUUUGGUCCCGGGGACAGCGUCGGAAGAUGGCCCAGGAGAACCCUAAAAUGCACAAUUCGGAGAUUAGUAAGCGCCUCGGGGCCGAGUGGAAGCUGUUGUCCGAGGCCGAGAAACGCCCUUACAUAGACGAAGCCAAGAGGCUGCGCGCCCAGCACAUGAAGGAGCAUCCCGACUACAAGUACCGGCCCCGCCGCAAGCCUAAGAACUUGCUCAAGAAGGACAGGUAUGUCUUCCCUUUGCCUUACCUCGGGGAUACCGACCCCCUCAAGGCGGCAGGGCUCCCCGUGGCAGCCACAGACUCUCUGCUCAGCUCCCCGGAGAAGGCGAGGGCCUUCCUGCCCCCCACCUCCGCACCUUACUCUUUACUUGACCCCAGCCAGUUCAGCUCCAGCGCCAUCCAGAAGAUGACCGAGGUGCCCCACACCUUAGCUACCAGCACUCUGCCCUACGCCUCAACCUUGGGAUACCAGAAUGGGGCUUUUGGCACCUUGAGUUGCCCGAGCCAGCAUACCCACACUCACCCGUCGCCAACCAACCCAGGCUACGUGGUGCCUUGUAACUGUACGGCUUGGUCUGCGUCCAGUUUGCAGCCUCCUGUUGCCUACAUAUUAUUCCCGGGCAUGACCAAGACUGGAAUAGACCCCUAUUCUUCAGCGCACGCUACAGCCAUGUAA